UCGGCAAUGAGCUCGGAGGCAUCCUCCCAACAGCGAUUGGUGCCGCAGUUGGCGCACUAGGAGGAAGCGCAUAUCAAGCUCGGGAGAAGUAUGCGCCUCACACCCGUUGCAUCUAUCGUUGAAACAUCUGCUGACAACAGUAUAGAAAGAAGGAGCCCCGUAAGCGCGAUCCACUUCCUCCACGCCCGGAACCACAUGUGCGCCAUGAAGACUCCAGACGCUAUCGAGAUGAUAGUCGAUACCGAGAUGAUAGCCGGCAUUACUCUGAUUGAUUAAAUCAGUGAUGCGAUCCACUUAAGGGAAAGGUUCAUAAAUGAUGUGUGCGGCGCUUGCUCUGCCUGCUCUCUUGCUCAGAGAUUCGAAAGGCAAUUUGUUACCCGAAGCCACGAUUGAUGAUUGAUGAUUGAUGACUUGAUGAUUCUAGGCGAAGUCUACAUGUAUUUGCAGCGUGGCCAAGGCAUCCAUGUUGUCAAGACGGCACGAUGCGAUUAUAUUUGGUAGCAGUAUCGAUCCCGAUUUGGACUUUUAGUGGCCACUGGCAGGUUUGAGCAUCAAUUUUUGUGCACGGUCGACCCAGUCUUUGGCUACGAGCGCGAUGCUUGACUUUGUCUCGCGUUCCACAAGCUGGAUGACUCUCGUGCGUUUUCCUUCAAGGUCCUCAUGCGUUUCAACGUGACGUGAUUUGCGCCCAA